AUGGAAUCAGUAUCAUUUGGAGACUACAAUCAUGGACUACAGGUUGGACACAGCAGCGGCUCGAUCCACGCUGAAAUCCAUUUGCCGCCGGAGCGACCGGAAACCCCGCCUAGCCCUCUAUCAACUGUCCCAUUCCCGCGCGAUCCGGAAUUUGUCACUCGCGACACGCUGCUCCAUCAGAUUCAUGACAAAAUCUCGGUGCCAGGGGGAGGAUCGAGAGUCGCGUUGGUGGGCCUCGGCGGUGUCGGGAAAUCACAGCUUGCCAUCGAAUACUCCUAUCAGGUCCGGUCCAUAUCGCCAGCGACAUGGGUUUUCUGGGUCCAUGCAAGUAACGAAGCUCGAUUCGAGCAAAGUUUCCGGGACAUAGCGGAUCAGGUCAAAAUCCACGGUCGCCAGGAUCCGAAAGUUAACAUAUUUAAACUGGUCGAGAACAGGCUCCGGGAUGAGAAGUUAGGGAAAUGGGUUUGUAUUCUUGAUAAUGUCGAUGACGAUAAGUUCCUUUGCUCGCUUCCGACGGCAGGCAAGAAGGGAGAUCCAACGAUCGGCCCAACGAACGGCUUAACAAAAAAGCCACUCUUGGAGUAUGUUCCUCGAAGACAAAAUGGAUCUAUCAUUAUUACGAGUCGGAGCAGAGAGGUUGCGUUGAAAAUGGUCGACCAUGAGAACCUUAUAAAAGUAGAACCGAUGGAAAAGGCUGAGUCGCUGGAGCUUCUUCGAAGAAAGCUUAACCAGCUAGAGGAAAGCCAAGAAUGUCUACAAUUAGUGAACGCGUUGGAAUUCAUGCCGCUAGCGAUCAUACAGGCCGCUAGCCAUAUUCGAAACCGGGCGCCUCGUUAUUCGGUAUCCCAAUACCUAGCAGACUUCGAAGGGAGUGACCGUAAAGCGACAAGACUUCUGGAGAAAGAGGCAGGUCGCCUCUCCCGGGACUGGGAAGCAAAGAAUUCAAUUCUGGUGACGUGGCAAAUAUCUUUCAAUCAUCUUCGCCAAACAAAUCCGUCUGCAGCAGAGUUACUUUCAUUCAUGAGCUUUUUUGACCGGCAAGGGAUACCAGAAAACCUUAUUCGGCUUCGGCCUGAGGCUAACUGCAACUCUGGUCCAGAACUCUUUGACGGCUCCAGUGAUGGGGAGUCAUCUGAAUCCGAUGGAGACCCCGGAUUUGAAGAUGAUGUUACAACAUUAAGGAAUUACUCAUUCAUAUCCAUCAGUGAGAACAGCACUUUAUUUACUAUGCAUCGGCUGGUGCAACUGACUACGCGCGCAUGGUUGAAAUCUCACGGACAAAUGGACCGAUGGAAGGAUAGAUUCAUUAGCAUCCUAUGCGACGAAUUUCCCACCGGUGAAUACGAAAACUGGGUGAAGUGCAGGGCACUUUUUCCUCAUGUCAAAUCCGCAAUGUCACAGCGACCAGCAUCACCUCAGUGUCUACAACAAUGGGCUACAUUGCUUUAUAGAGGUGCAUGGUAUGCAUCGCAAAGCGGUAACAUCACGGAUACAAGAGAAAUGGCAUCAAAAUCAAGAUAUCAAAGAAGGAUUUUAUUAGGUGAUGAACACGAAGAAGUCAUUGAUAGCACAAGCAUGUUGGCCACAGCAUACUGGCUUGAUGGGAGGUGGGAAGAGGCCGAGCAGCUCUUUGUGCAGGUGAUGGAGACGAGCAAGACGAAGCUCGGGGAGGAUCAUCCCUCCACGCUGAAGAGCAUGGCCAACCUUGCAUCGACGUAUGGGAACCAGGGCCGGUGGGAAGAGGCCGAGCAGCUCUUUGUGCAGGUGAUGAAGACUCGCAAGACGAAGCUCGGCGAGGAUCAUCUCGACACACUGUCGAGUAUGGCCAACCUAGCAUCGACAUACCGGGACCAGGGCCGGUGGGAAGAGGCCGAGCAUGUCGACGUGCAGGUGAUGGAGACUCGCAAGGUGAAGCUCGGCGAGGAUCAUCUCGACACGCUGACGAGCAUGCAUAACCUGGCAUCGACGUAUGGGAACCAGGGCCGGUGGGAAGAGGCCGAGCAGCUCUUUGUGCAGGUGAUGGAGACUCGCAAGACGAAGCUCGGCGAGGAUCAUCCCGAAACGCUGUCGAGUAUGGCCGACCUCGCAUCGACGUACCAGAACCAGGGCCGGUGGGAAGAGGCCGAGCAGCUCGACGUGCAGGUGAUGGAGACUCGCAAGACGAAGCUCGGCGAGGAUCAUCCCGACACGCUGGCGAGCAUGCAUAACCUGGCAUCAACGUACGGGAACCAGGGCCGCUGGAAAGAGGCCGAGCAGCUCUUUGUGCAGGUGAUGAAGACUCGCAAGACGAAGCUCGGCGAGGAUCAUCCCGACACACUGUCGAGUAUGGCCAACCUAGCAUCGACAUACCGGGGCCAGGGCCGGUGGGAAGAGGCCGAGCAGCUCGACGUGCAGGUGAUGGAGACGAGCAAGACGAAGCUCGGCGAGGAUCAUCCCGACACGCUGACGAGCAUGGCCAACCUAGCAUCGACAUACCGGAACCAGGGCCGGUGGGAAGAGGCCGAGCAGCUCGACGUGCAGGUGAUGGAGACGAGCAAGACGAAGCUCGGCGAGGAUCAUCCCGACACGCUGACGAGUAUGGCCAAUCUAGCCUUCACCUGGAAAUAUUCAGUUCACGAUGCUCAAGCAACCAACUUGCUACGGAAAUGCUUGGCCAAGCGAAGACAAAAACUUGGCUCAGAUCAUCCGCAAACUCUAUCUACUUCUCGAACAUUGCUGGCGUGGGAAACGGACAACUUAAUAUCAGCUCGUAGAUAA